UAAUAAGUAUUAUCCUYCUAUUUAUUCCAGCUGUGAACAAUGUCACAACAAGAGUUGGAUGAAAUUGUUCAAAUAACAGUGGAGGACUUUGACCAUGAUAACCGUACAGGCAUCUUGGACAAUCACGAAGAUGCUGAKGAAAGAAACCAGAAGAAAAAGCGGAAAUUAAGCCACAUCCAGGACAAUAACAGCAGCAAUCAGGACUUAUCUUUUAUUAAGAAUCUUUUAGUUUCUUUCACCGACUCAAUUGGCCAACGCCUGGAAGGAAUUGAGUCAAAGCUACAGUCCUUAGAUGCUACAUGCAAAGCCCUUGGACGCAGACUUGACAGCAUACUGCCCUGUGCCAAGAGCCCUGUGCAGGUGCCUAUGGUUGCAGGGUCACCUCAGGGUGCCACUCAAACUUGGAAUAAAGUGCGAUGUGUUGUCCCACAAACAAAUGUGAUUGUGAGCAGAGAAGCCCCAAAGACCUUAAAUCAGGAAGACACUCCUCUAGAAAACCUGCUCAGCAACACAGCGGUCAGGAAGCGUCAGAACACAAUCCUGGUAAAGGUACCCGGGCCUGAAGAGAGUCAGGAGGAGCAGGACAGUGGCUCAGAAGCCAGUGACUCRGUUUCUAACAGUGGUCAGUCAGGCAGUGCACAAAAUGGCCAAAAUGUCACCCUUAUAACACUCAAUUCAGAAGAUGAUCAUCCAGAAGGCACUUGGUUGGGAGAUGAGAGCAACCCAGAGAUGCGAGUCCGUUGCCCAAUUUCUCAGUCUGACAUGCUGUAUAUAAGCACAAACUGCCGUACAGCAGAGAAAAUGGCACUAACGCUUUUGGACUACCUGUUCCACCGAGAGGUCCAGGCCAUGUCUAAUCUCUCCGGGCAGGGGAAACAUGGAAAGAAGCAGCUGGACCCACUCAUGAUCUAUGGAAUACGCUGUCACUUGUUCCACAAAUUUGGCAUCAGUGAGUCAGACUGGUACCGGAUAAAGCAAAGCAUAGAUUCCAAGUGUCGUACAGCCUGGAGACGCAAGCAGCGUGGCCAGAGUUUGGCCGUCAAGAGCUUCUCCAAACGCACACCACGCAGUACAGCUGCAGAUGAAAACAUGUCAGAAGAGUCUUCCCACAUUGAGGCUGCCACGCAGCAGACUUUGCAUUACACACUGGCCAACCAGCAGGUCCAGUUCCACCGCAUUGGUGAAGAUGGACAAGUUCAGGUGAUUCCACAGGGACAGCUGCACAUUGCCCAAGUGCCCCAAGGGGAGGAGGUGCAGAUCACACAGGACAGCGAGGGAAACCUUCAGAUCCACCAGGUGCAUGUAAGUCAGGAUGGACAGGUACUACGUGGAGCUCAGCUGAUAGCUGUUGCCUCAGCUGAUGGAGCAACCACAGCGGUGGAGAGCUCCUCCCUUCCACCUGACAUCCAAGUGCAGUACGUUCAACUAGCUCCUGUUGCAGACCACGCCACUGCAGUUCAGACAUGCAGACAACAAAUGUGCUGACCAGCCAUGCAGACGGUUUUGGAAUUUCCCUGUAAAGACUUCCUGCACCCACUCCAUAUGAUCCUGUUUUGUUGUCUUUUUGUUGUCCAUAGUUGGCUAGGUAAUUGGUUUCUUGCCUGUGAGAGGGAGAAGACAGGGAUAUUGAUUGUUUUUUCUGGGUGUGGAUCAGACAAACUGAUAAGCCUCAAAGGAUUUCUAAUUGUGUAUUCAUGAAUGUACACAAAGGCCAUCACCCCAUGAUGUCUUCAAAGAUCUGCGCUCCAUACUUUUUGGCGCAAUCAAAUUGUUUGUUUACAUUACUGAUUUGUUUGAAUGAACUUUUCGGUUUUAAAAGAUUUUUUUUCUCUAGUGUUUUGUCUCUAGUGAAAUGGUUUGAUCAUUCUUCAGUGCUCUGUUCAGGAUAGUUGGAGGCUUAGUGAGGUCAUGUGGGUGUGCUUGUUGAUAGAAAUACAGCAAGUGAUGUCAAAUUUUUCAUUGACUAAAUGAGAUUUAAUCUAAUAAGUUAUAAGUUAUUAAAGGUGUUAUAAAAUACAUGUUAUGUGCUCAAUUUGACCCCCCCCCCACACAUACACACACACAAAUAAUAAACAACAAAAAGAAUACUGUGUGAAAUUUUAGGAGGUUAAUGUCUUGUCCUGCUUGUUACAGUGUGUGUUGUUAUCACAGUUGGGUUUUUAUUUUCUAGGUUGUAUUUAUUGUUGGUCAUAGUUGAGAAAAAGUUUAGUCCUGUUCAUUUGUUCACCCUUUGGAGUAAUAUAAAGCAAUAGGCAGGCUCUCAUCAGUUUCCAGACAUGUGGUAGCAUUUAUACAGCUUACUGAAAAAUGACUCUGUCUGAUGUAUUUAUUUGUCUCUACAUUUUCUUUUCUUUUUGUUUAAUUGUUUCCACUACACCGAUAAGCUAAGAGCUAACACAGAUUGACAUUUUUGCAUUCCAAGGGCUCUUUCUGCAAGUCAGUGAUGGCUAAAAUUUGACACUUGGUUUUUCAUCCGAUUAUAAUUUAAGUUCCUUUUUUUGAAGAAAGGUCUGGAAGAAAAAGAUCAAAAUGUACAGUUCAUCCAGUUAUAUAACGAUUGGUUUCAAAUUUGUGGAAAAAUAAUACUCUGAAAUAUUAUCAUAGCGGAUGGUGAUUGACAGUAACUCCAGAUGAACCGGACCAACCAGAUAAACMCAGAUGAUUUCUUUUUAACCAAACCAAACAACAUAGAUAUAACAUUUCAGUCUCUGUGGAUGCAAACGUUUUAGUCUCUUCAUGCCAAGUUACCUACUAUAAUAAACAACACAUAGCUUUGCUCCUAUAAUGCCUGUUCUUGCAGUGUGUUUUCAUGCGCAUAAGUUAAGUUUUGCGUAUUGCCUCGGUGCAGCUGGGCUCAUGUCAAAGCAGUUGUGACGUGACAACAUGCUGGGCUGGAGGGAGGAUUAAAUGAUGCAGGUGUCUUUGAGGAAACCUUUGGCGUCUAUUCAAGGAAGGAGUGAGUCACACUUCAUGGUCAACAUCCAGGACUGAGUCAUGAACCUCUCCUCCUUUAAGGGUCUUUAUUUUUUUUUCCACACUCUACCUUGCUCUUUCUGACACCAAGCAGAAAAAUGGUCAGAAAGUAUUACAAAAAAAUGUCUUGAUUCUUUUGAAGUGCCUUUCAACCUGUCACUUUGCUUCCUCUCUMGUCUUUUUCACUGUCUACUGUCUUCAUUUAGUUUUUUAGACUUUUUUUUUCUCUGAUCUCUCUUGUCAUUUCUCUUCUCCUGUUUUUAGUCCAUUCUCUUUGAUUAUUUCCCACUGUGGGACAUGGCGAAGGCUGAGCCAUGGUCAGCCUUUACAGGAAACAAUUUUUAUCCGUGUUUCAGCAAAAAAAAAAAGAAUCUGUGUAUUGGCUUGUU